AAAAACAUCAACACCAGCGAGAACGAAAUUUUUGAAAACAACAGCUAUUUACAGCGCCGCAACACCGUUCCGACAGGUUAAUUGGAUAGCCCAGUGUCGGCCGCAUUGCCCAGUGCGACUCAGAACAUCAUGGCGACCCCGUGGCCCCAGGACGAAAUUUGGCCCACUGAUUACCGAGAGCACGCCACAAAUUUGAGCAAAUAUCUUCAAAAGGCACUGUCAGCCAUCGACAAUGGAGAUGGUCUGCCUGUCGCAUCCCGUGGAGUUCAAGUUGCACUUAUUGGAGCUCUCACCCUCAUCGUCAAAAUGCAGAGCACACCCGAUCUUGGUCACGUUUACGAAGCCGUGAAAAACGGCCAAGCUGAAAUAAAAACCGCAGCAGAAAAUUUAGCGCAACACAUCAACAGCCUCAAAAAUGAUCUCAAUGAAACAAACACCCAAGCUCAACAAACCAUGGAAGAAGUCCAGCGCAGUUCGGAGAUUACGACAGACGCAAAAGCGGCUACAAAGGAAGCCACAGAGAUCGGUAAAGCAACGAUGAAAAUGAUCAGAGACAUGAAGCUCGUAAGCCAGCAGAACCAAGCCAACGCCAUGCCUACCUACGCCAACGUGCUAGCAAGGGGAGGGCUAGCGGCAAGCAUGCAUAACCCACAGAACCAGAAAGCGUCACCUGUUCAGACCCUGCGUGAGAUUAUCAUCAACAUCAGAGACCCUACCUCGCAAUCGAGCAAAGCAGCAACGAACACAUAG